GCGUCACUGCCCGCUGGGCCAGCCGAAGCCGAGGCGGCAUCCCAACCGCGUCGAGACCUGGCGCGCGACACCCGCGCGAGUCCUAUGACGCGUGGGGUCCGAGCCAUCCAGUUUAUACAUAAUUCCCCACACACACCUCGGCCCCGUCCCGUUUAGAUCAACUCUGCCCCCGCCGUACGCCCCACGCCCUCCUCCCCGCGAGGAGCCACCAGCCCACCAUCUACGCCGCCUGUUCUGAUGCCGCCGCCCACGCGAGGCCGAGGCCGAGGCCGUGGCCGCGGCCGCGGGCGCGGGCGCGGUCGCGGUCGCGGGAGGCCAAGUAAGGACACCGUUGCUGAGGACUCCGCGCACGCCACCGAGGAAAGUGGCGAGGAAAACCUCCAGGAGAAGGUGCAGGAAGGUGGCAAGGUAAACCUCACGGAGAAGGUGCAGGAAGGUGGCGAGGAAAACCUCACGGAGAAGGUGCAGGAAGGUGGCGAGGAAAACCUCACGGAAAAGGAGAAUGAAGGGAUAGUGGAGGUCUCAAAACCCCCCCAAAGGCGUCGGAAGGAUCCUGUUGCAGACCCCUCUUCUCUUGAGUCUAGUGGUUUCAUGCGAUUUCGGGAGAGGAGGAAUGCUUCAGCGGUUCAGGAGCAGGGGCCUAAGAAGAGAAGGAUUACUGAGGAUUCAAACAUGUGCCAUCAGUGCCAGAGGAAUGAUAGCGGAAGAGUUGUACGGUGCCAAGGCUGUGUCGUCCGAAAAAGAAAAUACAGAUAUUGUGUGAAGUGCAUUAAACGCUGGUAUCCACAUUUAUCAGAGGAUGAUUUUGCGAACAAUUGCCCAGUUUGUCAAAAUAAUUGCAAUUGUAAGGCUUGUCUGCGGGGAGACAUAACCCGAGCCAACUCGAGGAAAAAAAAGAAGUUACUGCAAAUAAAUUCUGGAGGAUAUAGUGUGUCUGAACAAGAUAAAAUUAAAUUCUCAAUGCGUAUCGUGCACUUUUUGCUUCCUUGGCUGAAACAAUUCCAUCAAGAGCAGAUGCAAGAGAAAAGUGCCGAGGCUGCAACUAAAGGUAUUGAUGCAGACAAACUGGAGGUCCCUCUAACCAUUUGUGGAAAAAAGGAACGUAUAUACUGCAACAACUGCAGGACAUCUAUUGUUGACUUCCACAGAACCUGCAAUAAAUGUAACUAUGAUCUCUGUCUCCAGUGCUGCCAGGAGCUUCGUCGAGGCCUUGUUUCUGGUAAUGAUGCCAAGGUUGAUGGUGGAGGCAAGCAAGAUUUUCUAUCGGGAGUUAGUCAUGAUAAAAUCAUAAGCAAAGGGCCAUCCGAUGGACAGAAUGACAUGUUGAUAGAUAGUGUAGUUCCUGGUGAAAACAACACUUCUAGCUUGAGACAGUGGAGUGUGAAUAAAGAUGGAACCAUACCUUGCCCACCAAAUGCAUUUGGUGGUUGUGGGAGCUCUCUUCUUGAACUGAAGUGCUUGUUUAAAGAGAAGUUUAUUGCUGAAUUACUGGAGAAAGCUAAUUCAGCGCUCAAUAAUGAAAUGGAGGUGAAGAUAGAAGGAUCAAAAUGUCCCUGCUUCACUGAAUCCGGUGACAUGGAUGAUGGUAUAUCACGGAAAUCAUCUUGCAGGGAGAAUUCCUGUGAUAACUACAUAUAUUGCCCAACCGCUACAGAUGUCCAAAAUGGAAGUUUAGACCAUUUCCAGGAGCAUUGGUUGAAGGGUGAACCUGUAAUUGUCCGUGAUACACUUGCGUUGACUUCUGGAUUAAGCUGGGAACCGAUGGUUAUGUGGCGUGCCUUACGAGAAAAGAAAGAGAAAGUUGAGAGGCUCUCAGUUCUUGCUCUUGAAUGCUUGGGUUGGUGUGAGGUCGAUGUAAAUAUUCAUAUGUUUUUUGCGGGGUAUUCAAGUGGGCUUGUUGGUCCAGACGAUUUGCCCCUGUUGCUUAAGCUUAAAGAUUGGCCACCACAUAGUUCUUUUGAGGAGCGGCUCCCAAGGCAUGGUGCAGAGUUUAUGUCUGCAUUGCCAUUUCGUGAAUACACUGAUCCUAAAUGGGGACCUCUUAAUCUGGCAGUAAAGCUUCCCGAUAAUGUUAAUAAGCCAGACCUUGGUCCAAAGACUUAUAUUGCAUACGGUGUUUCCAAAGAGUUGGGAAUUGGUGAUUCUGUCACCAAGCUUCACUGUGAUAUGUCUGAUGCGGUCAAUAUCCUCACACAUACUGAUGAAAUAAAACUCAAAGCAAAAAGGAUUGCCGCGGUGGAAAAGAAGAAGCGGUGUUUAGGAAUGAAGAUUCUAUCUACCAAGGAAGCAAGUGGAGGCCUUCAACGGUGUGCAGAUUAUUUUGGUAUGCCAACAGCUCCCAGUGAAUCUAACAAGGAGCCAAGGCCUGAAGAGUGUGUAAAUGAACUGGGCAUUAAACAACCAGUACAGCAUGUUGCUUCCGAGGAGCAGGAAGGAGUUCAAGAUGAUGCCAAGGCAGAUGCAAAUGUUAUGAAUGUUUCUUUUGGUAAGGGAAAAUCAGAAGAUUCUUUUGGUACAAUUAAUGGUACCAACAGUGGAGAUAAAAUAGAAUCUCCUAGUGGUUUAGCAGAAAGAACAUUGACUCAGCCUACCACUAAGGGUUGCAGUAAGCAGCGUGGCCGUAGUUCUAAUGGUAGAGGAAACAGGACUAAAAAAAUAGAAGAGGGGAAUGCGUCUGGACUAAUUGCUGUGGCUCCCGAGUCAGAAGAUGAUGAUGAUGAUGCCGCAUUUAUAGAUGGAAACCAAGCAGAGGGUGGUGCACUGUGGGAUAUUUUUCGACGGGAAGAUGUGAGCAAACUGCAUGAUUAUCUAAUGAAGCAUGCACAUGAGUUUAGACAUUGCAACUUUGAGCCAGUGAAGCAGGUUACUCAUCCUAUACAUGAUCAGUGUUUUUAUCUAACAAUUGAGCACAAGAGAAAGCUUAAGGAAGAAUAUGGAGUCGAGCCUUGGACAUUUGAACAGAAGCUAGGUGAGGCAGUAUUUAUCCCGGCAGGAUGUCCCCACCAGGUUAGAAAUUUGAAGUCUUGCAUAAAGGUUGCACUAGAUUUUGUUUCUCCGGAAAAUGUCCGAGAGUGCAUCAGGUUAACAGAAGGUUUCCGUCUGCUGCCGAAGUGGCAUAAGGUGAAUGAAGAUAAACUGGAGGUUAAGAAGAUAGCUCUUCAUGCAUUCAAUCAAGCUAUUAAAGAUAUCACUGAUGAAUCAUCUAAUAGCAAUGAAAGCAAAUGGAUCCGGAGAUAAUGAGGAUCAUGAAGGCCAUUGAAUCCAUGCUUGAUGUCAUGGAAGUUAGCACCACCCGCAUUCGACAUCUUGCUAUCGAGAACCUGAAUGAAAACCGUAGUGGCUUAUCGGAUGCCGACAAGAUAACAAAACCUGAUUUUAGUGUACUAUGCAUGAUAUUAGUACCUUAUAUAAUACGUAGCUUGGAGAAAAGGCCAUUCACCGUUUCUCAUUGUUGGGAGGUUCUAAAGAAUGAAGCCAAAUGGUUACACUUGGAGCAGGGCUCACAAAAUAUUGAUGUGCUGGUGAACAAAGGUGUAGGGUUUUCUCCAAGAUGUCGGAUUUGACACUGAAGAAGAUUGAGUAUUGGAAGAGGUCCGAUUGAACAUUUGGCACUGACAUUCACCAACUUGUUCAAAUAGAGGAAAAGAAUAUGGAAAUGGAGAAAGAGCGCAUGUAUGCAUGUGUAGGUCAGGGAGUGGCUCGGAUCAGCCUUGAGUCAAUUUCCACUGCGUUUUCUUCGGUUAUGGAUGAGCACGAGGAGUAAAAGAAACAGAAGAAGGCUGAGUGUGAUUCUCAUAUGCUUAUUUUCUUGUCCUGUGUAAUGGAUGUGUGUAUGUGAACCAUAUGCGAACUUAAACGUCUUUGUUUGUACCGGUCAGGCCAUUCUGAGUGAGGGUUCCGUCUCUUCUUUUUAGGACUCCACUGCGAGGUGUCGGUGUGUGAGAAAUGGUGCAAACGUGUGUAUGAAACUCUACGAGGCAUACUCUUAUCUAGUAUUGUGUCUAGUGAAGAAUGGGACACAUCCGAUGCUACUGUAAACUCACUUGUUGCACUCACUUUUUGAGUUGGAUUUUUCUUUCAAACUUUUUUGUA